CAUAACCUCAAACUUCAUUAGAAUUUUAUAGGUUAUGUUAUAAUUUUUAAACUAUUUUUAUUCAAAAAUGAAUACUGUUUUGACUCGCACUUUAGGCGUAUUGUCCUCGGUGUGUCAGAAAUCGCAGCAAAGACUAUCGAGUUCUUUUAAAGCCGCGGUUUUAAUAAAACCCGGCGAACCUCUACAAAUUCAAGAACGUAAACAAGAAAAGUUGAAAUCGAACCAAGUUAGGGUUAAAGUGUCGUAUGUGAGUGUUAAUUCUGUGGACUGCGUUAAGUUCAAGACUGGGGAUCCUAAUUUACCUUUCAUACCUGGUUACGAGUUGGCUGGAAAUGUUAUUGAGGUUGGGAAAGAAAUAUCCAAGGAGAAGGUUAUGGUCGGGGAUAGGGUUGCUGGUUUAAGUGUGGAGAAUUUCGGGGCCUUUGCUGAAGAAUGUAUACUUGAUGGAUGUGAUGUGUGGAGGAUUCCCAGCGAAGUAGAUCGUAAAGAUGCGGCUGUUUUAACGUAUGGCCAUUCAGCUGCAUUAUAUGCAUUUUCAAAAUUAUCCACAUUAAAAGAAAAAGAACAAAUUGUUGUUACAGUGGGGCCAGCUGGUAUGGGACUUGCAGCUGUAGAUGUAGCUGCUAAUGUCUAUGGGGCAACUGUGAUUGGUGUCGUUGAUAACGAAGAAUUGGGCGACUUAGUUCGCGAAAAAGGCGCAUUCAAAACUAUCGCAUUUAAUACAAAGUUACAAAAAAAUAUUCUCAAAGAAACUAACAAUAAAGGGGUUAAAGUAGUUUAUGAUGCUGUUGGCGAGCACAUGAUGAAAACUGUUGGAACAUGUUCUGCUUUACACGGAAAAAUAUUCCAUGCAGCUCCGUUUUUUUAUGAGACUGUCCCGGCCCCGACCCCCCACUCAUUUUUAUCCAUAGUAUCUCUAAAAUACUUGAGAAAACAAAAUGUCGAUUUAUACAAAACUGUGGUGGCAGAUACUUUAGAGUUGGCUAAUGAAGGGAUUAUUUCUGCACAUGUUAGUGCAAAAUUCGAAUUGGAAGAAGUGAAUAAGGCAAUUGAAUUUAUAGAUGAUAAGAAAUGUACUGGAAAAGUAUUGAUCCAUAUUGAUUGAUUAAUUAAGAGGUAAUUAUGUAAUUUAAGAAAUAAAACUUUAUUUA